AUGAAGGAAACCUUUUUCACUCCACAUUUGAAAUUGACGCUCAUCACAACAGCGGAGAGAGGCAGUCAGGAACUUGAGUGGCUACACGAGGUGCGCAGUGAUGAGAAGGCGACAUGGUGGAGUAUCUUCGGCCAGUCAAAGACCAUCGAAGACACCGAAAAGGCCAUGAAGGGAGUGUUGCCAACGACAGUCAAUGAAGGCGAUGCAAAACCAUACAGGAUAGUCUACGCCGUCCAUGAGUUGCUCGCCCCCGACCGCAACCCAGCAAGCCAAGAAAGCACCCCGACUCGCUUCAUUGGGCUCAUUACUCUCCGCUCUCUCGGUCCAAACGAUCUUCAUAUAGCAGCUUCUUUUUUCCCUGAAUCCAUCUACGAAGCUGGAUGUCUCAGUAUGGAACUUGGUGAUCAAUUCAUGCCCGCUGCAUGGGGCAAGGGCUUCGCAACAGAAUCCAUAACAGCAAUUCUUGACGCUUGCCAGAACGAGCAGACGUUUCGGGACAACCAUGACAAAGUUUUCGUUAGAGCAGUUGUAAAUGCCGAGAACCCGGCUAGCAGACGUGUCAUGGUAAAGUGCGGCAUGCAAGAGCUGGGCGUGCAUGUUUGGACUGGGGAAGAGAUUUGGCUUGGAGGGAAAUGGAGGACUACUGAUAGUCUGCACAUCUAUGGUAAAUUCGUUAUGGGGUGA